AUGUCUGGAAACGAAGGAAUAACGCUCCAGUCUGUCCGGGAAUUUUUAGUCAAGAACAAUGGCAAAGUAAAGAACAUAGACCUUGUGCAUCACUUUAGACAACAGCUCAAUGAUCCUGCCAACAAGAGUGAGUACAAGUUCGCCGAGCUGAAGAUGGAUUAUUUUUAUAAUCGGUGGCUUUGUUUUUACUGAUUAAAUAUGACUUCCUGCAGGCAAAGUACGAGGUGAAUUCAAAGAAAUUGUGCACACAAUUGCUACUGUCCAAACAAUAGAUGUAAGUAAACUUUCCCUGAUUUUAUACUCAAACUUUUCUGAUAGUAAGCUUAUUAUCGUAAUUUCCGCCGAUUGACUCGGGAAGAGAAACAUUCCAUUUGAAAUACACGUAGCCGUCUUUCUGAGUGAUCGUUAUUAAAGUGAUCAUUCAUGCUGCGACAUAUUGCUGUUGUAUUCAACGAUGUAAGCAGAUAUAGAAUGAAUUUUAUUUUAAGGCAAUACUAUUAGGCAAGUUUUGACGAGGGGCUGGUAUUCUUCAAAUUAGAUAGAGCUCAAAUUAUCGAGGUUUCUUUUUCUUUUUAGUCUUGUUCAAAUUAAGAAUCAAAACAAUGAUUUUAGGUACAUUUAUCUUUUAGUAUUAUUUUUUGAAAGGCUUAUUCUCUGUACAUUCCUAUACCUACCAUCUUUGUUAACACAAAUCACAUAUUUUGACUUUCCAAACUCAGUGGAGCAACAAUACGCUAUAAUGAAAGAAAUAACAUAUUACAGUGUAUAAUGUGAGGUAUUGUGUUAUAAAGGUGUCAAGACUGUGGGAUAAUGGUGAAGAACUGCCCCCCACAAAACCAGUUAGAGGCAGGGGAGAGGGGGGAGGGGGGAGGGUGUAUGUGUCCCUAGUGUGACUUUUAAAAUUGUCGUUUUGCACAUUGAGGAGGAAGCCAUGUUGCUGUUAGUAUUUUACUAUUCUAUUUGUGCUUUUCUCUGUCGCUGUUGUAGUUUCAACCCAUCUUUGUGUCAUUUGACGCCUUUUUUUCUGCCCUGUAUUGCUGUUUCAAGGCCAUGUUGCUUGUCGGAAUUAACCCCAACAAGGCCUCAUUAGAUGACUGUCAAUCAACUAUUGACCAACAGUUGAUUGACAGUUACAAUAAAAUAAUUAUUUGGGGAAGGUAGCUUGAUUGAGUACUUGUAGUAACAAACUACAUAAAUAAGGGUUGAAUUCUUUAAUCAUUUCAUUUUGCGGAAAAAAAAUGCCGAUCAACUUCUCUGAGCCAAUGGAGAGGAUGCUUCUGUCGUGUGUGGUGUUUAUUGAAAGCUCUAUGGGUGUCAAAAAGUUUUACGUUAUAGAAUUAUUAUUGUGUACACUGCAUUUCAUUGCAUUCUAAGUGUCUUAUGGCAAUUAUGUUCUCUGUAGGGUGAAAAAUACUUUGUUCUUAAGAAACCCAAAGAGGCCCCGGCAGUGCUUCGGAAACCUCCAAGACCUACAAAGCACAAGGAUCGACCUGUUUCUCUUCCUCCUGUUUUCCGUGGAGCAAAGCUGGAGGAAGUGCCCCAAGGGAAUUCUGCAGUUUUUGGUAGAACCUAUUCUGAAGAUUCAGAAUCACCCAGUCUCGUUCACGCAAACAAAGAAAACAGACCUGUUGAUAGAGGAGAUGGAAGAGAUGGAAAUAAUGGAUCUGGUGAUAGUGGCCUUGAAUCUGAUGUAAGUCUGACUGGUAAAAUGAGUACAGGUGUAACUGCAAAGUGAAUUUAAGGUGAUACAGUGAUACCUUGUUCUUGGGGUGGAGGAUUAGGGUGAGAGGGUGCCUGUUGUCUUUCUUUGUGGUAUGAAUUGCAGAUGGUCUUAUAGGGUGUUGUGGUUGGAAAGCCAAGAUUUUACAGGAUUCUCAUUAUUACAGUGUAAGUCCUGCAACCGGCUACAUGUAAAAAACUGGCUACAGUACUUUGAAAUGUGGGAAGUGUACAUUACUUUUUAGGAAAAAGGGGUAAAGUGAGGCAGGAAAGCCUGAAAUUGCCUAUGUACUGUAAGUACUUGAUUGCCUAGCUGCCUUUUGUACAUCCUAGCCAGCUACUUAAAACCUGAAUGAAAACCCUGAUUGUUGCCUAAUUUUUUAUUGUCUCACACUUGUAGGGUUGUAAAAUAAUUUGCAAAUAUCUAUUACACUGUACAUAUACAUGAAAGAACAAACAAACAAACAAAUGCCAUCAUACUAUGUAGCUGUAUGGUUGUCUUGAAGGGUCAAAUAAAGCCUGAGUCAUGCUCAGAUUGGUCAACUUUAGGGGUUUGAUUCUAAUUUUCUGAUGAGCAUCCUUGUCUCUUUCAUUCUGGGAGUUCCAGCCAUGUAAGUCGGGAUUAUGGACAUUACAUUGUACUUUUUGGAGAUGAAAAGGGUGCUAGUAGUAUACUUUGAUUCUUAUACAAAACUGUCCACAAAAACCGGCAGCCUGUACACUGUAGUCUCUCUUACUCUGUGUGUCAAAGCUUAGACGGGGACGUUUGUUCUCCAUUUCUCAGUGUUUGUUUUUUAGUUGUACCUUUUAAACUGUCUAGGGAAUCUUGUAUUCUCUUUUAAGCCUUUCUAAGAUUAUUAAUAUUUAGUAUUUUACUGAUUUUGUAAACUGGAACUUGAUUAAAUUUAAAGUUAAAGAUAGGGAGUCACAAAAUUAUUCUUUACAUAUUUUUUUUAGUCCAGCAGUUCAGUUGGAAGUUUUACAGCAUCAGAGAAAUCCACCAUUCAGAUGCUGCAAAAAAAAUUUUUAAACGCUGACAGGGGAUCUUCCAAUGGGCAGCCUGAUAACAGGGUUUCCAAAAGCAAUGAUGAUUUGGUGAGUAAACGUAGAGGCUAGAAGGAAUUAAGUCACGAUAUGGAAGGAACUAAAACCAUUAGGGCGAGUUACUAGUAGCUUUCCCAUUUUUGAAACCAGAAACCAACAUAUAUUCUAGAACCUUUGAGAAUGUCCUAAUUUAACUCAAGAUACUGCAUUAAUAUUGUAAUUAUUGUAAUGAUAAUUUAUUAGGCUAAAUUGUAAAUUAUCAUUUACCAGCAGGCUAACCUGGAAAAAUUAAAAAUUUCAAUUUUUUACAUACGUAUUCAAGGGCGGAUUAAAUUUUACUGCAAUAAAAUUUGACUAUUGAUAAUAAUGUUUAAUUUUUUUUGUUCAGGAUCGAAUGGAUGAAGACAUGGAAGGUAGGUUAAUGUACACAGCUGUUAGAUUUGAACUUAUAGUUUAAAACAUGCACUUGACUGAACUUGUACCCUGUACCUUACAGUUAUACAGUAAUUGGUGCUAUUAAUUUUUGUAGAGAAGAUGUGGGCACCUUCAGUGAUUUUGUUACCUCUGUGUCUUGUGUCCCUGAUACAUAAAAAUCCCCGAAGAUGCAAAAUAAUUCAUGGCAUGCAUCCCAUAGGAUGCAAAGAGUGAUCGAUCGAUUUGAAGAUUUUUUGGUUUAAAGAUGCAUAUUUAUUUUAGUCUUUUUUGUGCUUUAAAUAUAUAGAAGGACUGCAUUUUUAAUUUCAGUGACCUGUAAUAAAGAGUGUUGGAGUCUGUCUCCAGAUUAUCUGUCUGGGUACAUAAAGGCCCAAGCAUUUUCAAUUUUGGACUUGUCAUUUUUUGAACUGAGACUCAAUGAUUUUUCACAAGAUGAGUCCCAGGACUCACCAUAACUAUUUACUCACUGCACCUACAUAGGAAUCUGAUGGGAGACUUGCUUACAGUUUGCUUAAGACAGAGGUCAUAAUUCUGGAAAAAGUUUAUGUGCAAACUAGUUUUCCUGACCUGAAAAAAGUCCGGAAAAUACAUGUAAGGAUUAAGUCUCGAAAUAUGGUAAAAAAAAGUUUGGAGUUUUUGUUUACUAUUACAUGUACUAUCUUUAUUUUACCAUGGUGUCACUUCACAACGUUGGUCCUCCCGUGAGCCAUACGUUUGAAAAAAAAAAUUACAUGAGUUUUUAAAAUAAUUAUUAUGAUAAUUAUUAUAGGAAAUUUAAAAUGACAUCAAUAGAAAAUUACAAUGUUUUGCAUAAAUUUAAAGAACAAAGAGUUACAAUAAACUUAAUUACAUAAUAAUAAUGUUACACAGCUGUAUUUAUGCACUAAAAAUAAUUCAUGCUCUUUGCGAAGUCAUGUAAUUAUUAUAUGACUUCGCGAAGAGCAUUGUCUCUGAAGAAUGAUUUAAAAAGGUCUUAGCUUUCCUGUUCUCUUUCUUCUAUAGGGAGUUUGUUCCAGAGGACUGAUCCUCUGUAGGCUAUAUUUCCCUAUGUCCAACUUGGGUUUUAGGGAAUAUUCAAGUUAACUGAUUAAUAUUUUUCUCAAAUACGGUGGGGAAAUUUCAUGAGUUAUUUUGUACAUUAGAAUUAGUGAGUUGUCUCAUCUUUCUGUCUUCUAGUACUUCCCAACCCAGUUCAUCCAAUAAAUUUUUAGAUAGUGUUUCAUAAUUUGAAAAUUAGUCACCAUUCUAGCAGCUCUAUUUUGGAGUAGCUGAAGUUUUUCUGAUAAUCCUUUCCCUAUAUAGUGUAUAUGUUGUAGUUAAUUGUUGUAUGUUAAUGUAUGCUAAUGAAGUUUGAACAAAAGAAAAAUAAAAAUUACCUGAGAUAAAAAAUUAACGACAACAUAUAUAUCCACACACACAGCUGGAGUAAUCAAAAUAGGGCACAAUAAGAGCUUGGUACACACAUGGUUUCUCUAGUUUUGUAUGGUAUAUGAUUACACACCUUACAUGUACAUUGUAGACCCAACAAGCCUGCUGAUCAAUAUCUUCUUUGAAAUCGUAUCAAUGUAAAAUAUGUGUUUUCCAUGAGAUAUUUUCAUCAAUUGAGACUCUGAGAGAUUUAUAAACAUUCGCCCUCUCUAUGGGUAUGUUAUUAACCUUAACCUUAAAAUUAUCUGACAGUAGUUCAAGUCUGGGAUGACUGUCUAUAUAACAUGUAUUUGGUCUUUUUGAAAUUUAAAGUAAGCUUAUUGACCUUAAGCCAUGUCUGAAUUUUGUUCAGAUCAGAAUUUGUUUUAACUUGUUAAGUACAGGUUGUAUCAGCAUCUUCAGCUGUUGAUGUUAAAGUGUUGUUGUUCGCAUACAUUCUGGGCCUUGAGAACAGUUGACUUAAGAGAAAGUCAUUUAUGUAUAAAAUAAACAACAGUGGACCAAGAAUAGAUCCUUGAGGAAUUCCACAUGUUAAUGUACAGAAAUUAGAAACUUCACCGUCAACUAAUAAUAAUAAAGUUUUCUAUUUUUGCUGAGUAAGAUAUAAUUGAAACCAUGCUACAUGUACAUCUGGGACUAACUCCAUAAAAUUCAAUGCAAGUUUAUUGAGGAGGAUAGAAUGUUCCAUGGUGUCAUUCAAUGGCUUUUUUGUAGAAAAGAAUAUUACUUCAUUUUUUUUCUCAAUCUUAUUAUAUAUUAUUAAAUAUAUUAUUAUUAAUAUUAGUUAAGUUUUUGAAACAAGCUUUUUUCCUUUUGGCAAUGUUUUAUGGUGAUUUGUGAUGCACCAUUAUGAUACAGUUCUACAUUGUACAAGUAUGUAAGAGAUUUUGUACUGUUUAGUUUGAAAUUGAUAUAUUAAACUAAUUAUUAUCAUUGUUUAUGUUACAAUUAUGUAAUGUAUUAAAAUUUGUACUUCUAACUAAAGACUGAUUAGGAUUUAAAAUAGAUUACAGUGUAUAUUACGUGCCAGUUCAAACCAAUGAAUUAAAACAGUGGCUUGUGAGAUUAAUGAAUUAAUAGAUAUUAGACUGUAAUAUUAUUAAGUGACUUCUUUUUCAAUGCUUGAAUUCGCCUGAAAAUAAAGGAUAUGGAUUGUCAAGCUAGUUAGCACAGGCCAGGUUGUACCUGUCACAGUAAUUUUAAUAUGGUGAGUGUUCAUGGGUACCCCCUUCCUCCAAAACCAGCUGCUGACUUUAAAAUGAUUUAUAGAAAAAUACAAAUUUUAUCAUGAAUGUUGUAAUUUAAAAAUUUAAAGUGCUCAAAUGAAUGUGACUGAAAUUGAUGAAAAAAUAUUCUUGUUAUACCUGUGUAUGUCCAUUGUGUAUGGUUGUGUCAUUCUUGUAGUGUUUGCAUUUUUGCUUACUACAGGCAUCACUUAGUCACAACGUCUUGCUAUUAAAUAAAUGUUGUUGUGCUAAUAUAUGUUUUUUUAUUUUUGUCCAAGAUACAUGUAUUUCAAGAAAAAAACAAAUCCGAAACUUUUUUUAAAAAUUUGUUUUUCAUACAUUGUGCAUCAGUGUGUUUGUGAGGAAGUCGGUCGAAGUUUUCAUCUUGAAUUAAAAGUUUGAACUCUUUUUUUAUUUUGUACUAAAUAAAUGUUUGACAAUGUAGGAGAUUUACCUAGAAUGCUUAAAAUCAUAUCACUCAAAGCACUUAAUUAAAAAGAAGAUGCAUGUACAUACUUAACAAACCAUGUUGCUUUUCUAACUGCUUUUUUGGCUUAUGAAUGAAACAAAAUCUUUUCUGAUUUAAAUGCUUUGUCUCAGUAGUUACAUACAUGUAGCUACAUGUAUAGGUUAAGUCAGUUUAUUUUUGAUCUGUAAGCAUGCUUACAUGUACUCUUCAUCAAAUAUUUAUCAUUUGCCACCUGCUUGUCUGAUGCUAUAAGUGGGCUGAGUUUUCAAAACAAAAAUAUGAGGCUACUGAAAGAGUUUUUAAUGCAUUCAGAGCAAGUUCAGGUGUAAACCACCAGGAUUUUAUGUUAAAUUUUGCAGUCAAAGCAGGGGACAGGGCUAAAGAAAAAAUCUGUAUUACCUACUGUAAGGAUAGGUUUUUGUCUUUGUUCAGUUAUGUUUGUUCAUGCAUGGCCAGACAAAGGAGGGUCCGAAAAAGUGAGUCUUUCAACUGCUUAUAAAAUGACUUUGACAUAUAUAAUUUGUAAUUUAUUUUACAGGGUGUUUGCAUGUAAUUCUGAACGAAACAUUUUAUAGCAUUUUACAUAAGGAUGCCUGCCUGUCAAAUUGCCACAUUCUGCAAUUAUUUUUACUAGUGUAUACAUGUAUUGAUUGUACCAGGACUACUUGUACAUGUCUCAUGGUUUUAAAAUUUAAAAGCAUGUCUGCAAAUAUUGAUAUCUCUGUUAAUAUGAAGAGUGAAAGAAAUGUAAACAUUAAUUUAAGUUUUAAAAAAGGAUAUUCUUUUGUAAUGAAAAGCUUGUUAUUGAUUCGUUAAGAUUAUAAUAACAUUUUUAUUUUAUGAAGUGGUCUUAUGUUUUUUCCCUAAUGUAUUGUACAUAUAGUUUUUCACAGAAAAUUAAGCCAAGUGCAUUUUUUCAAUUUGUAUUUGUGUCAGUUGUAUUGAACUGUUAGGGGAAGUCACUAAGGCUUUGAAAUUUAGGGGUUACCGUAUGGCUAGGUACACUGUAGGUACAAUCUACAGUAUGUGAGAAAAAAAUUGUAAUUAUAGUCACUCUAUCAUCAAAAAGUGUUUUAUAACAAUGACAACAAAUUUGGUGCUUUUAGACCUACGUUAAUUUAUUCUUUAGACAAUUCAGACAGUUUGUAUUAUUUUCCAUUUUUUGUUUAGUGCUCAGGAACUCAUGAAGAUGUGAAAUUUAAAUUCCCAAACACGGGAAAUAAUUUGUAAUUACUUCAAGCACUAUGCAUUUUUGUAUUUAUUAAUUAAAAGUAGUAAAUGUAUUAUUAAUUUAAGAUGACUUUUAUAUUGCAUAGACAGUCAAUAUGAAUAACUUUAAAUAUUUAUAUUUCAGGGCAAUAUUUAUCUCUUUGUUACAUUUAAUUUAAGUUUCUCUGUCAUGUGUUUAAUUAGCAAAAAUAAAGGAAUAAACAGUAUAACAAGAACAUAGAAAUUAUGUUCUUGGUAAAGGGUGUUAUAUUAUUUCAAAUGUAUUUUCAUUUACAAUGUUUUCAACCUUCAUUACAGCUUUAGAGUGUGAAAAACAUUUUUUUGUUGUAGAUUUGAUGCUUUCUAAUUAGAGUGGUUUUCGUUUGAGUGUCGUAAAACCAAAACCAAAGUAAUUACUCUGGCCAAUCACAUAGGACACAGACAAUACAUUGAACCAAUCAAAACUCGAAGUAAUUACAUGUGGCUGACGCAAAGAUCACAAUUGGCUUUGGUUUUACUUCUGAUUGGAUGAAAAGGUGGCGCGAAUCUUUUAAGCCAAUCGCAUCGUGUAGAAAGUGCAAAACCAAUUACUUUUCGACACUCAAAUGAAAACCGCUCUAAUAAUGACAUUACUGUUAUUACUUUUCUUUGAGCCUUAAACAGAGACAACAACUUCUUUAACUAACGCUUAAACUGUUAGCAAAGUGCUGACUUCCCGUUUGGGGUGUGUUACAGACGCUAUAGCUAUCUCUCUAUGGUGUCUUAAAGCUCCAAUAUCCACAUACAAAUUCUCCCAACUGAUCUCAAUACUUUUCCUUAGAAUAUUUUCCUAAUAAUUUUCCUUAGAGAAUUUGCUAACAGAUCAGAGCACGAUGUUAUCUUUGAUGACCAGUUUAUUAAUUCUCAUAACCUUUACCCUUGAUUAUGUAUUGUCAUUGUUAGGAGAAACCUGAUGCUGGUCACUCUUGGGACAAAGAUAGUUGAUAGACAUUAAUUUCAGGUUGCUGUAGAUUUUUAGAGGAAUUGUUUUUCCAUUUUAGCAAGAUUAUUUAAUUUUUUUUGCCCCUAGGGGAUGACUUGUUGAUGGGAGGACCAACAGCUCAUGUAAGUUUGAAUUACCGAAGAAAAAAACAAAACACAAUAGCUAGCACAUGUAGUAUGUACUUAAGAAAUCAACAACAGUUUUCCAUGCUCUGUACUGUAAUCAACCAUAGAAAUGACGUCAUAAUUUUCAAAACUCAAGUGGAACCAUUUUGGCAUCAUUUCUAUGGUCGACAAGAGUACAGACCAUGGAACAUUUUUGUUGAUUUGUGUUUUACAAUAACAUCAGAGGUUUUGACAUCCAUUUCUGUUGAAGAUUUUUGGCAAGUUGUUUGACGCGCGAGAAAGAGAAAAGCAAAUUGUGCCACCAUCAUGUUAUUUCGAUGGUCUGUACUCUUAUCAAAGGUAUCUUUCCACCAAUCAAUGUGUAAGAAAUUGGUCAGUUAUUGUAAAAAGUCGCUCAGAAAUGUUUAUCAUUAUUUUUUCUUGUGCAUAUUGUAGCUAGAGCCAUUAGAAAAAGAGUGGUUCAUAACGGCAGCAAGAGGAAACAGAGCUCAGAUCAUGUGUUUACUUGAGCAGGACCGUAACCUGGCAACUAAAAAGGUUAGUUUCCGUUAACAUAGUUUGUUCAAAUCACAAGACAUUGAGAGACACAGUCAUUAUUAGAACAUCUUCAGCUGCAAACACUGCGGGCAAAUUUUUAACCUCCUUCAGUGUGUCUAUUUUAGACCUUGUAAGGUCUUUGUUGGGACUUAUUUUAAGGGCAAGGGUGGAAGUCCCUUUAGUGUAAAAAAAAGAAGCCUUUAGUCUUUAGUGUAAAGCUAAUUUUCUGAACUCGCUUCAGAAAAAGUUAGUAAUAAACAAGUUGUUUGAAGUAAUGAGAACAGCUUGAUUACCAAGUGUAUUAAAUAAUUAUUAUGUUAUUAUGUUUUAACAGUUUAUAUAAUAUAUCAAUAUAUAACAGCAUACUACGAAGAAAUAAUUAUGCAGUUAGCCAUUAGGUACUUCUCAAAGUGACAAGUUUGUAAACAAAACAGCAUGAGAUUGAUGACAUGAUUUGUUGUUACCAGUGAACUUAUCUUUCAAGGAGGGGGUCAGGGUGACUAGAUUAUUUAAAUUUUACACCAAUGGUCACACAGCACAGCCACAAUGCAGCUAGACUCCUUAACUUGCCAUUAAUUGUUGUUUUUGCUUUAUUUAUGAUUCCAGGAUUUUAUGCUGGUAGGUACAUUAACUUGCCUCUGUAAUUCUCUUACAAUGUAUGACUUGAUUAAGGGUAGACAAAUGUUUUAUCAGAAUACUAAAAAUUAUUGACUGAGGCUUGUUGAAAAUAAUAAAUUAAAACAACUAAGAAACAAAAUGUAAUGCUACACCUGUAAGCGUGAAGCUACAUCUAAGAUCAAUUAUUUUCAUUUGUAUCACUUUUAUCUAUAAGUAUUUUGCUGGUGAUUUCUAACUUGCUGAAUAAUCAGAUGUUGAUGCAUGCUUUGUAAAAAUUUAUAAAAGUGUUUACUAACUAUUUUUCUUCUCUGUGUUUCCUUUGUUGACCAUUCCUGAUGCAGGGGGUAAGUUCUUUCGUCUAUUUUAUUUAUUUAUUUUUUUGCCAUCUUGAGUAAAAUUGUGAUUUAAGAUAUUACUUUGACUUACUCCAGGUGUACACUGUACACCUUUUUAUAUUUUUUAUACUGAGGUUUACAUGUUAAUUAGGAUUAAAUCACUAACGUUUUUCUUAUUUCUUUUUGCCCACUCCUGCCGUGAUUUUCUUCUGCUUCUUCACGUAACUAAAAAUUUAGUAUGUAAGUAUAACCAACUGUACUACUGCACUUGAUUCUUGUAUAUAACGGAACAAGUAUUAGGAUAAUUGCAUGACUCAGGUUUUGCACUCUAAACCUGUCAACUCUGUAAAUAGAAUAAGUGAUCAUAACCUUGGAUUGGCACUGGACAUUCUUAUAAACAACUCAGUCCAGGGCUAGGUUAUUCCGAGCUGGUUGAGAAAACCCAGGGUUAGUGCAAAAUUGAAUUCAGAUAUUAAUGUUUACAAAGCAAAUUCCUAUAAAUGUUUUAGCUUACAAUUUUGAUGUUUUGAUGCUGUUAAACAAUCUCAUUUAAAAUUAACUCACGACAUGCCUUUGAACAAUAUAGACAGGAACUUGGAUAAAAAUUUAAACCCUCCUUAAGAGAUACACUGUAAUCAGUCUUCCAAAAAAACUGGGAUCAGGACGUAACAAUGGUCAUGGUAACUAGUUCUGGAGGUGCACCAAUUGUUGCUAUCUGAGCAACUUUGCUUAAGAUCAAAGGAACACCGAGACUUGAAUUUCAGUCAAAACUUUGUGAGAUUUUGCAGUGUACAUUGUAGAUCACUGAACUCAAUUUCAUGUUGAGUGGUUGAGAAGUCCAAAUUUCCAUUCUGGUGAAAUUAUGAGUAUUUUAACCAUGCAUACGAUGGUUCAUAAAAAGGUUUGUGAAAUAAUUCUGUCAGUGGGCUGGACUCUGUAAUGUCUUGCUUGCUGUCAAACAUGAAUAAUGUUAUUAACUAGAUGUAUUUUUAAAAAUUUAUUAUCUUAUCUUAUAUUGUUAUAUUUUAUUUAUUUAUUUAUUUAUUUAUUUAUUUAUUAUAAACACAGACUGCACUUCACUGGGCAGCAAAACACGGAAGAGCAGAUAUUGUUAAGCUGUUAGCUGGCACUCAUGGAAUUGAUGUCAAUGGAAAAACAGUAAGUAAUAGUUAUUCACUCUCCCUUUAGUAGCGCCAGGAUUUAAACACGGAUGGAAUUUUAUCGUCUUUUACAUGUUAUUUUAGGAGUGUAAAUUCAACAAAUACGGACAGUAUGACACUCCAAGAACCUAGUGACACAGUCGACCGCUGUAGUAAUCUUAAGAUUUCAGUGUAAAUAAGAGGUCGACUUUAGGUACAGUUAUGUCAUCGGAACUUUAACUCACAGUCUCUUUUGUUGUAUUGGAAUAAGCUAUACUUAUGUGUUUAAGCGUACGGCAUAAACAUUCCUCAGUACAUUUGAUUGCAUAAAUGCUUAAAAGCUAACGUAUUUCACGUUAUGCACUCACAUUUUUUUCCUUUUUUUUCCCUCUUGCACCCUGUCUUCUGUGGUUUCGUGAACAGAAUGUAAGUACUUGUUGUAAGAUUCUUGUUUUAUAAAAUUGUAUUUGUCAGUGUUGUAAUGGUUUCGACCGUACGUUCACUAUCAGUUUCCUAUGCCCUUUGCCUAUUUGUUCAUGAUCAUGAAUGCUAAUGAUUAAGAGGAAUAGGAAUUAAAGGAAAGUGAGAAUCAAACUAGGUUGAAACCAUUUUAACCUGAUAAUGAAAAAAAAAAAGGUGUUAAUAAUGACGACAUUUAGGUUUUGUAUAUGUUGUGUCAGUUUACUGUUUAUUGCAAUAAGUUGAUAAAAAGUGCUGACAAAGUUGUUUUUUUUUCUCUUCUCUUGUGCAUGUGGAUCAUUUUUUCGUCUUUCAGGGGGUAAGUUGCUUUUGCCGUCAUUUCUAUAUUGUUGAUUGAACGGAAACGUCGUGUUUCGUGUACAGAUUAUUAUGUAGUGUUCCAAAAUACGCUUCUUACGGAGCCAAAUUUGACGAAAUAUUACAGCUGAGAAAGGCUGACAAACAAACAAACCGCAAAAAGCAGGAAUGAGUAGAAAUUGUGAGGUUACUUUUGCCCUGCGAGCGAGCUUUGACGAACAAAGCGAGUCGUGAGAAAACGCGCGAGCAAAGGGCUAUGGAACGGACCCUUCCAUACUCGCGUCUCCUCUCGCUUGCCGCUUGCUCGUGACUUUUCACGUUAUCCCUAAUUGGAGAGCUUGCUGUCAGGAUAGUUUAAUUUGAAAAACGGUACACGUCUCCUACGCUACAACUCAAAAUCCGAUGACAUUUUCCAAAUAUGGCAUGACAUUGCCGGUCAUUUUUCUCUGCCCUUAUUAUUUUUAACCAACGCUAGCUUCAAUUACCUCCGUCAAGCUACAGGUAUAACACACUCACUUUUCAGCCUUGCAUGGGCGUUUCGUUAUGCCCACGAUUUGCCUUUCGUCGCUUUGAGAAAAUUCGUGGGCCGAGUCUGGCAGGGUGAAACAAAAGUUCUGUUUGCUUUGCUCAGUAACAGUAAGGGUUCACCAAAAGUGUUCACCUUCUGUACUCUUUUUUCUUUCAUUAUCGGCAGGGUUACACUCCACUUCACUUAGCGGCCAUGCAUGGACAUGAUGAUGUCAUUAAACUGCUAGUGGCUGAAUAUGGUAAGUAGCUCUAAGCAAUAUUCAGUAGAGAUACGUCACGAUUUCUAGCCAAAGACUUGUUUUGUAUGAGAAAAUUACUAUAUUGUGGAAAGGUUGGAAGGAAGGUGAGCUAGGUAAAGAAAAGAGGGUUUAAAUAAAUUCGACAAACUCUUAAAAUGUUUCGCUUGGGCUGAGAAUAAGGCUGUUCACACUCGGUUCCCCCGAGUACUUGUUCCUGGGAUCCGACACAAAAUGAUCAUUUCUUAAACCUUGGGUACUUUUCAUGUAUUUGUGUACGUAAUUUCUUCCAUUUCGCCCGAUCGGACGUUAUUUUGACACGUGACAGAAGGACCUUCAGUGCCCACUUAUGAGCCGUUGGGUAACAGCACCGUGUACGAAUUCUGGUGUUGGUAAAACGGUUUGUUCACAUUAGUGCCCAGCGAGUACCGUACUCGGGUACCAUGCCUGGGCACCAAGGCUGAACGUUGCUAAUGCCGCUGGAAAAUUACCCAACCCAUUAUCAAAAUGAACAUUUCUGAAUGGUCACGUUAAGAUUUGUUUUAAGCUAUGUCCUCAUCAAUCCGUUUGGUUUCGUUAACCCUUUAAGACUGAUCUCCAUACAUUUGAUCUCCAUACAUUUCUUUUAAGAACAGUUGAGAGAGUUUUAGAUCAAAGCAUUGUCCCUUUGGUAAUCAAUUUAGUAAUUCUCAUAGCCUGUACUCUUGUUGAUCUGCUGAUGUUGUUAGGAGAAAAUUGAUGUUGGUCGUUCUUGGGAAGGUUCACGUAUCCAAAAUUACGGCUUUUCGCAAUGUAGUAUACACUGUACAUGUUAUUAGCAGGUUCACAGGAAAGUACUCAGUGGUACUAGACGCGAUAAUCGGGUGACAUGUUUCGAAUUUUAUCUGUUUUAACGUUUUAUCUUGUUACAGAUGCUGAUAUUAACAGUCGUGAUCACAGUGGCAAAAAACCCAGACAGGUGGCCAGAGAAGGACUUACGAUUGAGGCUCAAGGUAAACAUGUGAAUUCUUUAAUCCUUUGUGUUAACCCUUCAAACCCCUUUAUCAACAUACCAAUUCUCCACACUGAUCUCUAUACAUUCCUUUAAGAAUUAGUUGAGAGAAUUUAAUAAAAGAUCGAGGCAUUUUCUCGUUGGUGAUCAUUUUUAUUAAUUCUGCUGACCUUUUCUCUUGAUUUUAUAUCAAUAUUGUAAGGAGAAAAUUGGUGUUGGUCACUUUUGGGAGUUAAAGGGUUAAAGACAGUUAAUCAGAGUUAUUCAGAACAAUUGUAGUAUUCACCAAUCUCUCCUUCUAUUUUUAUUCUAUUCCACUACACUCUUACUUGUCCUUCUUGUCAGUCAAGGUAUGGGCGCAUUAAUCCAACGCCCUACUUGAUCAGAAGGUGAAAACCUUCCCUUCCCACUGUAAAUGAAACCACGAAUUUCCAGCGAUAAAUGAGGGUGGGUGGGUCGUUGUGCAACCUAACUCCUUGGGCGCUUGAUCAAAUUGAAGGCAUACUGCAAUGGGAGUUUGUCUAUUUAAACAUGAUUAGUUAUUAGUAGGAAUCAUAAGUCUUACAGUAAUCUAUCCAUCCAUCCUGCUUUAAUAAAGUGGCUGUUAAUAAAUUCCUUUUUGGCUGUUUUCAUGCAUGUAUAAAUAAUGGCCAGAGAGGGGAGUCGAGGGAAGUUGGGACACUAGAACCAAUUAACGAGAAAAUAAUCGUUCAUCACUGCAGGACCAAAACAUACCCUAUUUUACUAUUAUGGCCAGCCGAAAUAUUGUUAUAAAAACAAUACACGUUGUUUUAAAUCAGCUUUGCAGUAGUCUUUGGACUUCUCGUUCUUGGUUCUUUAUAUUUUGACUGAUUUGAUCUCUUUUCUAGAGAUCCAACGUUUACAACUAGGAGGAUCUUCGUCUACGGUUUUUGCAGUUAAUUUAAUCCUAUUUUACUCACUUGUCCCUUCCUUAGCUGAAUACGUUCUCUUACUUUUGACAGGUCUACUAGAGUAUCUACGAUAUUAUUCAGGUAAAUAUAUGCGUAAAAGUGUUGUUGUCUUUUUAAUUUUUGAGCACCACAAUUAAAAUACUUUAGCGGCCUCUUCUGGUCAGCGGCCCACAAAUCAAGCACAUUCUCACGUGGAACGUUGCUGCUUCGUCGUGACAAGGAUUCGAAUUCUCAAUCGGUUUGUAACGGUUGCGCAGUAUUUGUCGUAGUCUUAGAGUUGUUUUUUGCUGCGGUAGUUUGAAGCGUUCGUCCAUCCCACCAGUCAACUUUCCUUCCAUUUAUUCAAGUUCCUCACUGCAGAAAGUAUAAGGUGAAGAGAAUGGGUACAAGCCUUUCGGCGCAACGAUUUCUGGGAUCGUGUGCAUGGACAAGCGUUCCUUAUGAUUGGUCAACGGUUGCCUUGAAUACCAUCGACCAAUCAUAACUAACGCUUGUCCACCCAAACAAUCCCAGCAGUCGUUGCGUCGAAAGCUUGUACCCAUGUCCCUUAUAACUUGGUGUGGAGAAUAAGGGUAAAGGGUGCCUGCAAUGGAAGCUCAUGGCUGAGUAGAGGUAUUUGGUAGCCGUGGGUGCUGCAGAAUGGUUCCGCAGCAAUUUGUGAACGCCCCUGGAUACCUCUUUCGUUAAGGCGAGAUAGUUGGUUCCACUGUCCAUUUUCAUAGCUGUAAAAUUCUACAAAUACACUGUACGUCUUCCCAUAAACCUUCCAUCACUCUGCGCAUUUUAACAUCCCGACAAGCGAUUUGGUUGAAGCUUCUGGCUUGACCAUCUAUUGUUAUUUAACGGCUGAUAAAUUCAAUCAGAGGGUCACCGGUGCAAACAGUGAAGUUACUUUUAGUUGGCUGAGAUGUUUUCUUCUCCUUAUCAUGGAAAAAUAGACGAGCCCGCGAGCCCAAGCAGACGACACAGCGGGAUUUUCGUGACUGGGUUAAUGCGACUGAGUUGGCGACACAAGAAAGACAAAAAUAACAACAAGAAACGGAAAGAACAAAAUUAAACUGCCACUCAAAUGCUGUGGUGUUAGAUAUGUUAGGAAAGAAUAGUCUCUGUAUUGAAGUUAGUAUACGCGUUUUGUAUUUUUUGACUUCUAAGAAGCAAUAGUAUUUGUUGAAAGUUAGCAAAAUCCUUACUUUUGGCUGCAUUAAAUUAAAAAAAAUAACAGCGACGCGUUAUAACAGAAGUAUAAAACUAUGUAGCUUGAAAAUUGAUAUCUGUAAAAUUCAACGCAAACUUUUACCAAAAGUAGGAGUAAAGCAAGUAAUCCAUCUUUAUCCAUGUUAAGAAACAAAAUCAUCUCAUAUGAGGGAUUUUAUUGUUCCCAUUGCAUAUUUCACAUUAUGUAAUAGUAUUUUCAAAACGGUUCGAUUUAAGAACGGAUUAGGACCAAGUUUCAGACAUAAUUUAUCCGUUUAUUGUUUAAUCCAUUGAUCAUCAGUUUUCCUGAUGUUCAAAGACACUGCAGUGAAGUCAAGUUAACGAUUUUAUCGCCCAUAUUUGAAAAUAUAUAUGUAUUUUUUUUUCAAAGCGCCUCCGUUCAGUGCGUGUUUCCUCUAAAUGUUUAGCGGGAUUUGGUAGAGGGGUUGACAAGCGAGACUAGGUGAGGGUCUGAAGGUGGCUCGGUGUGGAAUGAUACUCUCUUAGAGGGCCUAGGGCGCGGUUGGGCUCCUUUCCGUAUGCAGUGUACCUUGAGGUCCUUUGUAAAAUUAUAGGACGUGGUGGUGGAUAAAAGAAACUUUAAGUCAGUACAAGACACCUGACGAACCUUUGUCCGGUAACAUGCAAUGUCUGUGGUCGAUAAACUUCCUUUUGAGUGGUCAAUUUCACUUUUCCUGCUGUAUGUUUAAGGUGAUGCAUCGUACUCUUUUCUUAUAUUUGGAUGUCAAAAACGUCCCGCUGUUGAAAGAACUUCUCUUUUCUUUUCCUUUCCUUUCCUAUCCUCUGAUAGGCUAAAAGAGUACUUGAUGUUAAACUUUAUGAGGUGCAGUCUACUUUUAACGCACCAUCUGUAACCAGAAGCUGUUUUUAUUAUACCAAAAUUUCAUUACAAUGUAGAGUUUGUAAACAAUUUAGAUUAUACUAAUGCAGAUAUGCGUUAAGGGCGCUUCUAUAUUGACUGUUUUAAAACCAAACCCUAAAAGCAUCAUGCCUACUUUUGAAUCACACUCAGCCUCACCAAACUCAGUCAAUCAAAUGAACCUGUCGGAACUCGGACCUAGCAGUUAUUUGAGAAAAAAGAUAUACUGUUUUCUGCUUUUACUUCUGAUAAGUUAAAAACGUUAAGUGAGAUUUUUUCCAGCCCGUUCUAACCGUCGCGAUUUAAGACCAAACCAAUCAUGUCGUUUUUUUCAACACUCAAUUGAAAGCUGCUCAGUCUAAAACAGUAGGAGACUGUGAUAACUUACUUCAUCGAGCUCUAAAACUGCCAGUUUUAAAACAAGCGACUGCAGAGCUAAACUCCAAACCAGUGGAAAUCGUUGUUUGUCUGUUUGUUAGCUGAGUUAUUUUGUGGAACCAAGCGUGCUACUUGAAUUACGCCAGAGAAGAGUUUUGCACUAACGAAACCGUGUCUCGCGUUUGGAAGCCAAUUGCAGUAGUUGCCAAUCGCACAAAUUAAUCUGUGCACCACCCCCCCCCCCCCUCCCCCCCUCCCCCCCCCCCCCCCCUUUUUACCAAAAAUGUCCGUGCAACCUUAUUAAAUCUCCCCCUCCCGACAUUAGGAAUAAAAAAACAAGAACCCAAAUUGUUUUGUGUUAUGUGAAACUACAAUUGGCGGACAAAACUGUCAUGUUUAAAACAACCCACUGCAGAGAUAAACCCCAAACCAGUGGAAAUCGUUUUUUUUUUUUUUGUUUGCUGGGUUAUUUUUGGGAACCAAGCGUGCUCCUUUAAUUCCGCCAGAGAAUAGUUUUUCUCUAACGAAACCGUGUCUCCCGUUUGGAAGCCAAUUGCCGUAGUUUCCCAUCCCCCAAAUUAAUCUUUGCACCCCCCCCCCCCCCCCCUUCCCGCCUUCCCUACCCUGCUCCCUUUUUAACGAAAAUGUCAGUGCAACCUUGAUAAGUCAUCCCGUCCGGACAUUAGGAAUAACAAAAUCAUGAGCCAAUUUGUUUGUGUUAAAUGUGAAGCUCAGUUCGCGAGACGAACAAAAAUAUAUCCAAUGAGCGGCAGCCUUACCGUAGAGUGAAUGUAUAAAGGCUGAAAGCGCCACAAAAUGGUUGGCUCGAAAAGUCUCGGAAAACAUGGGAACUAGUUCUACAGCAGACUGGAAAGUCAUGCAUUAGUCGUUGAUUUUACAUUUCUUGAAAGAUCAGUUUUCCAAGAACAUUCAACACUUUAGACUAACUUUUACGCCAAUCAUAUGGCUGAAUACGCCUACACGAGAUUCUUAAUGCAUGGAAUCCACGUGCUUAUGUAGAGGGUAUUACAUGGCUGCGUGGAGACACGAAAUUUCUCUUCCAGUGUUGAAAAAUAUUUUUGAACACGAGAACAGAAAUUUCCUGUCUCCAAGUGGCCAUGUAAUGUUCUAUUAAUUAUAGAAACGUCAAUGAAAUUCGAAACAAUUUCCCUUCAAUAUCUUCGCGCGAUUUAUCAUGUAGCCAUAGCAACGAUGAUAUUUUCACAUGUGCAGAUAACAUGUUAUUUUUACUGUUUGUGCUCGAAAGCUCACCUGGAAUUUCAUUGUUGUUUAUAAUCAAUUGUAUCAUUUCAUAUAUCGUUCCAUUGUCAAAAUAGCGCAUGCGUUUGUUAGCAGUUUCUAAAGGAGCUGUGUCGUGUUUUUGGUUUUUCCCGCUUAAAACCCUACUGUUUGUUAUGGAGAUAAAAAAGGAUUUCAAUUUCUAAACAAACCUAGAUCAUCUUUUUUCAAGGUUAACUCCUCUGUUGUCGAAAAAGUUACCAAAAACUGUUAACUGACCGUGUUUUGUUUUGCAUUUGAGGGAAUCUCUGUAUAUCUUUCUCUUAGAGUUUUUAGUGUGAAAAACGUUGACUUUACAUCAAAUUUGAACCUUGAUUUGGCUAAGUUUUCACCGGGUUUGAUUUUGACCUGUUUUACCUACGAGAGAAAAUAGCAAAGUUGUGUACUUACCUUGUGUGAAAUGCACCUUGGGUCCUCUUUCUCUGCUAUAUGUUGAAGAUGAUUGUAGACAAAUUAUGGCAUAGAGGGAAAUACGGGAUACGUCGUUGUUAAGAUUGAUAACAAUCAACUUUGUGCUAGCUGUCGUUUUUGCGCCUAAUGUCGUGAUAAGGAGUUUGUUCAACCUAAUUCUGUUUUUGGGUAUCUAACGAGCCACACCAUUGAAAAAACCCCAGCGCGAAAUUUUUGAUCUUUGGGCUACAGUUCCUUUUGCUGAACACAUUUUUCGCAAAACAUUCCCCUGGAAGUUCUUCUGUGAAACCUAAAAGUUGUCAGUGAUGUUGUAUUGCGUUGAUUGUUGACCAGUGUUCUUGUUUUCGUAGACUCCUCUUCAGAAUCUUCUGGUUAUGGGUCACUGCAUAGUAAAUAUGGUUCCACAAGCUCUUCACCAAGUAUUAUGCUAGCGAGUCAAUAUUCUAACAGUGACAAAAGCAGUAAAAAUGAGGCGUCCGACGACAAGUCUCGAUCAAGAUCGGUGAGGACCAGUUAUUUUUAUAUUUUAUAAUUUAGAAAUGGUAAACGUGCAGCACGCAACCAUCUAGUUGUUAUUGCUGCACGCGAGAGGUUGCUAAGCAAGAAGGAAGCGUAAGAGUUGCUAAAGGCGUAGCGGCGUGCAACUCUAGCUUCUUGAGUGCUUAGCAAACCGUGCAAGUGUAUCCAUAACUCCAUGGUUGCACUCUUACAACGUUUACCAUUUCUUGUAAAACGUAUUCGAACGUGAAAAAAUUUUAAUUUCGUUUAAAAGUAGCAGGGGAAUGACCACGCGACCGCUGUCCUCUGCGCGAGCUAUGGCGUGUGCAAAUCAUUCUUUUCAAAUUCCUCUCUUUCAAAAAAAUCGUUCCAGUGAGUAAGUAGUCCUCGUUCUCAGCGUGGAAUGUAAAAAACUUUUUACGUUAUCUUAAACGGUGUUUGUAAGACUUUCUUUCAGUAUUAAGUAUUGAAGUACAUACAGCGAACAAAGAGAUCACUCCAUGCGUUAAAUGGUCGGUAAAAUUGGAAAAUUAUGAAACCGUCAGCCAAAAAUUAGUCGCGGUCGCUUACUUAGGGUUCUAAUUGUAUGGCUUUGACUGGGAAAAUUUUGGUGUUUUGGAUAGGUGGUCGCUUAUGGGAGGUGGUCCCUUACAGGGCAUGAUCGUUUACGAGAGGUUCCAACUGUAAGGCUUUGACUGGGAAAAUUUUGGUGUUUUGGACAGGUGGUCGCUUAUGGGAGAUGGUCGUUUACAAGAGGUUCCAACUGUAAGGCUUUGACUGGGAAAAUUUUGGUGUUUUGGAUAGGUGGUCGCUUAUGGGAGAUGGUCGUUUACAAGAGGUUCCAACUGUAAGGCUUUGACUGGGAAAGUUUGGGUGUUUUGGAUAAGUUUUGGAUAGGUGGUCGCCUAUGGGAGGUGGUUGCAUAUGAAGGUUCAACUGUAAUGGUAAAUGAUAAAAAAAAAAAAUGUAUAUAUCGAGUGUUGGUGGCGAUUUCAUUGAUUAAAGUGAUUGAAAUGAUCCUAUGAAAAUUAAUCGUAAGAUAAAAACUGAAGUCUAUUUCAGAAACCAAUGUCGCAACCACCGCUUGUUCUCGCAACUAGCGUCCACAUGAUCAUAGCGAAGGAGAGUAUCCUCACUUUUACGAUAAUCCCCCAAAAUAAUUCUAAUAUUGAUCUCAUUAGUCAUGACGUGGAAGAGACUGGAGAUGAUUUUUUGGGGUCAGUUCUAUUAAGUCUUACAUCAGACGUGAACUGCUGACUUGCUAACUGAACAAGUCUGACUGGGCUGAACGUCAGGCGUUGGCGAAAAGAUCCGACAUUAAAAAAUACACAGCUGUUCCUUGAAGAUGCUUCUGAAUGGGACUAUUGUUGACUGUAGCUUUUUCGAACCUGGCUACUACUCCCCUUUCUCUCCCCCGCCUCCUCGCGCUUGCUGGCUUACUCUUCGUCCUAUACUCCACGAGAGAUCCUGAUGAAAGCUACUUAACAACGGACCUAACCAGUAGAGUCGUUGGUAUGCCGCCCUGGUCGUUGGUCGUUGCGUCUGACCCACGUUAAACUUUGCGCAAUUUCUUAGCAGCCUCUCGUGCCGGACCCGACCCGUGGACUAAAAUUUAAGUAACUGGUCCCUGAUGAUGAUUCUGAACGGGACUGUUGUUAACUGUAAUAUAUCAACAGGGUCCCGGAGGAGCGCCUGGAAGGACUGUCGCUCCUCUAACCCCCUCUCCCCCCUCCCCCAUUCGUCUACUCGGUUGUCAGCUGCUGCUCGGGUUUCGAAUUUAUGAAAGAUACAUUUAGCAAAGACGACGUGUCGACAGUGACGACGGCUCGCGCAGAUCUAAAAGUUAUUUAACCAAUGGUGGAGCGUUAACUUGAGGACAGGAAGUUGCGUCAAGUUCUUUUCGCGCCGUCUCGCCUUCUCGUUUGAUUUUUCUUUGGCCAAACCUGCCUAAUAAGAGGAGCGUCGUGAAAGAAACAGGCCGCCGGCAGGUCCCUAGUUCGGCCUCCAGAGGAAGGGAUUCUAUCUGUCGCUUUACGCAGACGCUAUUCCAACGUCCUCUGAUACUUACCAUUGUCGACCCUUUUGAGGUCUGCGGUGUUGCUGCUAUUUAUGGUAGUUUGCCAUUUAAUUCAGUCCACAAAAAGGAAAUGAAAAAAGGGUUCCAAAAAAGAAGCCUCGAAACUUAAUGUGCUAUUAAGUUUUCUUACAAAUCAAACGAGGGAAUAUCUAGUAGUGUUAGUAGUAUCCAAUCAAUUCAUUAUUCAGGAAAGAAAAUAAAUUUAUGAUUUUUUAAAUAGACCCAGUUUUCUUUAUCAAGUUUUUUAGUGAGAAUCAUCUGGUAAAAAUCCGUCGACAUCGCUGAAAAGAAAGCCUUAAACAUCAGUAAAAUAACUAAGUUUGUUCGUCAAUCACGAGCAAAGAUGUAGCUUCCUCAAGUCGCGAACUUUUGCGGACGUUUGUAUGGUGGUGGACAAGUUGGUGCCCCCAUCAUAUAAACGUACAUCUUCAUUUUUAAGAGUUUGCGACUUUGCCGAUCUUCCUAUCUUCGUUCUUUUUCAACAAAUCACUCUCAAACUUGGCAAUUGCUGUACUACUUUUCAAGCUCCCUUUCAGCGGUGUCGACGGAUUCUCACUAACUGGUCCAUGUCAAAAUUAAAAAAAAAACGUGGAGUGUCUAUUGAACAUUUUGAACACUGGAUGCUUUUUUUAUAUUUGCUUUAUUUUGUCAACUAGCGAAUCCAGUGAAAAACAGUUUUAAUCUUAUCAAUUUUAGGUAACAUCUCAAUAAUGUGCGCUGUCAAAAAAGCGUUGACGGUCAUCUCGCUCCCAAACUAUCCCGUCCCAUGCGAAAUCUUCACCAAGAAGUCAACUCGCCAUCAACGAGUAACUGGGAAACACUUGACACAGUUUAAUACCUAAGGUUGCUUACGUAAUAUUUUUUUUAUUCGAAUUUGAAGUCGACCCAAACACAAAUAUGUUAGACCUUUUUAACGAUUAUUGCGUCGAAGUUCUUGAUGGUUUGGUGGCGAGGUGACUGGUUAGCCAAAAAAGAAGGAGAUGAAUGAGGAAAGGCUGAGAGCUGGGAUAGUUUACUGUAUAAUAAUUAUACUGUGACAAACUACCUUAUUUGGCAAACUAAUAAACCGCUGAAAUCAUAGGAGAAAAUAGAGUGAGGCUGUGGCCAAAACGCUUUUUUUAUUGUUUGAAUUAGCGCUUUUGGCUUGGAAGUUGUUAAGACUCAGUGAGGCGGGGGAAGAGAAAGUGGAAACAUUAAAUUUUACCCUUUUAAAAGCAUCCUAAUGCGUUUUUUUUUCUGUUACCUUCAGUUUUCAGAAGUGAAAAAAGAUGAAAUAAAUAUGGUUUCUUUCCGUCUCUCUUGAUUGUAACAGUGUACGAUAGGAGGAUUAACAAUUUCUUCAAUUGAUCAAUCAGGCACGAUUGAAACAAACAAACAAACGACACACAUUUUGUAGGGGCUAGUAAGGUUUAGUAACAGCGUCAAAUUCUGCUAUAGGUCAGUCAGACAAAAUCAGUUAUCAAAAGAAACCGCCAGCGGUCACCAUGGGAAAUAGAAAGACUGCCAGUCUUUCUAUUAUCCAUGCAGUUACUAAGGUUUAUCGCGCGGGCGAGUACGUAACGUGCGUGCGAGCGAGGCAAAUGCGCGAGGGAAAAGCACGAAGGAAACGCGUGGGGGAAAUACAUUAAGUAGAUAGUCAAAGUGGAUCGGCAGUAUGAGAAUUAAUUUCCUCUGGCGGUAAAUGGAAAAAAAAAAAAAAGAAAUUGGUUCACGGACCGCCAAAGUUUGCAAAAUUAUUUAGUGGAUGCCUUGCAUGAGAAGGGAAAUGAAUACGAAACGAUACUGAAGUUAUAGAGGUGAUAUUACCCGGCGAGGGUGCCUUCUCUAGAUUGUUCUUUGUUGUUUGCUUGCACAUUCCAAUAUUUUGAAGGCGAAUUGUAAAUCGUAGAUACGACGUGUUGUGCGAAUUUUGGUAAUCGUUAAAUUUCAUUUACUUUUCUUUAAAAGUACCGGCUAAAACGGUCAGAUUGAAAAUCAGUUGAAAUGUUGAAAUGUCAAGUAUAAUCUUUUAAAGCUUUGGGGAAAUGAUAUUAGUCAAAACUGCUUAUGUUUGGAUGUUUUAGAUUUCUGUAAACAAUUUAGUUUAUUCAUUUUGUGUCAUGUUGUCGUUGUUUUUUCCCGUCGGUGUCGAAAAUCAUAAUGAUUGCAAUUUUACUCAUCCCUAAAACUAAGACAGAUCAGAAAAAAUAUAUUGUCUCAGUUAACGUAUGAAAGCCAAUUCAAAUAAACCAGAUCGAAAGUCAUGGUAAAGAAAGUGUGUUGGUUUCUGAUGACUGUGGUCAAAAAUAAUACUUGGCUUUGUCAGUCCAAUUAUGACGGUGAACUUACCAGUGAGGAGCAUGGCGAAACUCAUUCGUUGUCGCGGCCGAAAUCUUCUUGUGUCGCUGAAUUAAUUACAAGGAAUUUUUCCCAUUUCCUUACGAAAUCUUUUUGUUGUAGUUGUCGUUGCUUUUCAAAAAAGCCGUCUAAGAUUUUGUUGAGCUUGAAAUUGUCUCAGUAAUGAAUACUUUUCGUACGGAAGUUUCGAUCACGAAAGCGACGAGUCGAAAGUCUUGAAGCUUGUCAACCAGGCUUGUUGCUUAAGGAAAACCACAAGUCGCUUCCUCUCUUCCUUUGCGCUCGGGGCCAAUAUUUUUAAUGUGUGAACGGUUGAAUGUAAAUAUUCCGCUCCAUAAAGUAUGCAAUUGACUUCACUGUGUGGCAAAUUGCCUGCACAUCAGGCGGUUGAAAGGUAGUCAUCCUUAAUCGUUAUUCGAAGGUCAAAAAUAACAACAUUAAAAUCGUUAGAAUGAUUUGACGCGGAAAUGUGUUUUCUCUGAAUACCCACUGCAUUUUAAUAACGUGAAGUAUUUGAAAACGCUGAUAAUAUUUUUCAGUGAUAAAACAAAUUAAUAGUUAGGGUUAAAGGCUUAUAAUUUGGCGAGAAAAAAAAAAAUAUAGUUUUGAUUUGUUUGAAAGUUAACGGCUUCAUCCUGUAUUUAGAGUCGUUUAAGUGUAUUUGGCCGCAGCGUUGAUGGGUCGAGAGGAGUUGGAGUAUAUUAACGUUUAGUUUGGAUGUAUUGAAGAUUUGAACACAAUUACUUCAAAAGAAAAAAAAGUUCCUGUUUAGACAAUAAAUAUUCUCGUUUUGUGUUCAAAUUGUUAAAUGAAAGAUUUCACUCAAGUUAAAAGUUUCAUAGGAAUUUUGAUAUAUAUUUUUUCUUCAGUAAAUAUUAACGAACAAAGAGUAUAGCUUUUAAACAAAUAUUUUGCUCGCCGUCGCCCCCGCCAAAAAGCUCUAACUUGUGUUUAGAUAACAAACUUUAGUGUCGUACAUAGAGUGGUUUUCGUUUGAGUGUCGUAAAACCAAAACCAAAGUAAUUACUCUGGCCAAUCACAUAGGACACAGACAAUACAUUGAACCAAUCAAAACUCGAAGUAAUUACAUGUGGCUGACGCAAAGCGCGGGAAAAUGCAUGCGAGCGCGUCACAAUUGGCUUUGGUUUUACUUCUGAUUGGAUGCAAAGGUGGCGCGAAUCUUUUAAGCCAAUCGCAUCGUGUAGAAAGUGCAAAACCAAUUACUUUUCGACACUCAAAUGAAAACCGCUCUAUUUUAAAGCUGUUUAAUGUUGUUUUGAUUUUUGGAUCCUCUGUGCCCUUUCAGUUUCUUUUUUUAUUGAGAGAUACAUUUUCCCUUUGAUUCACAUCUGGCCUUAGGCUACCUUAUAUACUCGAAUGAGCGUCGCGGCGCCUAUUAAUUUUUAACGCCACAAAUAAGGCGCUUAUUUGAGGGCAGCGUUGUUUUGAAAGUUGGACGCGACAAAGAAUUGUAUCUCACCGAAGUUAAUUCUACCGUAUUAUUAUUUUCUGUAUUAAACUAACAGAAUUAACGUCUUUUGAUUCUGAUUAGUCGGUGGCGGUGUUUAUUCAUUUUUUUCAUCCAACUGCAGCGCUUAAUCGGGGCGGUGCUUUUUUGAGUAAAUACGAUAUGUCUACCGACUAUAAUACUUCACUUCACUUUCAAAGGUUUUUGAAACGUUGUUGUCUCUUUGUUUAAUAAACAUUUGAAACCGAAAUCUAUACCUAUGACUCUGUUUCUCAGUGUGUUUGAUGCAAAUUUGUAUUUCAUGUUCAACGUAGAAGAGUGCAGUGGCGGAUCCUGGGGAGGGGCCCGGAGGGCACUGGAGUGUGCCUGGCCGGUUGGUCGAAAAUUCUCUCCUUCAAGUUAAAUUUUUUCGGCCCGACAUUUCUUACACAUGAGGAUCUGACACUCGUUACGAGAGAUGUUAGUCAAUGUAUGCUAUUAAAAUGUCUCUGAACUAAACAUAUGUUUUACUUACUUAAUUUCUUUUUUUGUUUCUAAUCAGUCAUCAAUAGGGCGAUUCCUUUUGAAGAAGAAACAGAAAAAAGAGCGAGCCCCAGUCCCUAACUUUCCAGCGAGUCACGCAUCGGCAGGGUAAGUCACACCUCUCUUGAUUUACUCAAUCUACGAAAAUAACAUCAACAACGAGCCAGACGAGCUUUAUUUGCAUGACCAUACAAGUACAUACAAUAUUGCAAAAGCUAUUUUAAGAACCAAAAUUACAUCAUAGGGCAAUUACAUUACUUUGAUUGGUAAUAAUUUGUUCCGAAGAUCAAAGCAAGCUGAAAUAUAUUUUUGAAUUGUAUAUUGAUAAAGUAAUUAGAGGAGUUCAUCAGUUCGUUGAUCAAAACGUUUGCAGGUAACUGGGUUAUGUUUGGAAUCAGAGUCUUGACUUUGUUGUAAAAAUAGAAUAAAAAGUAAAUAAAAAGUUCCAAGUUCAACAGUAUCAACCAUAGGUACAGAAUUACGUUUCAUAGACUGUUCACGUCCCCUAUUUUUCCGUGAGAUCGUCGUGAUAUAGCGCGUCUUACCGUUAAUGGCGGCCAUCUUGAUUUUCAAAUGUACCGAGGGGGCGGGCAUCGGGGAUUAUGCAUGUAGCUCUAGUGGGGAGUAGUAGUUUUGACACUCAUCCAAGAUGGCAACCCGUAACGCGUAGCGCUCGAUCUCGACGAUCUUACGAGAAAACAGGGGACUGUGAACAGUUUACGAUGCACCGAGUUUUCUGCUCCAUUUACAUUGUGCCUAUUCUCUCCUCCGCUAAGCCUCCUGUUGGGUAUUCCGAUUAAGCAGGUCAUCUUCAAUAAUUAACAGUUAUUGAAUGAGGCUAAGUAUCAUUUGAAGAAUUAUGGAGAUUGAGGAGGGUGUUAUCCGCCAUUUUGUAUUCACUACCAAAACUACUCAACCUCGUUCCCAGGUCUUCUCGGUUAACCGUUCGAUAAUCUGGCAAUUUUGCUGCACGAUUGACGUCAUCAGUUCACAUAUCGCAAAAUUCUUCCAAAUUUGGUGGACAGUAGCUGGUUAUGAUGAAUUAUGCUAGGGAUUUUAGCCAAUCAGAAACGGAUAAAUAUUUUGAAUGAAUAAUAACUAGAGCUACAGGGAUGUCACUAAAAUUUGAAGUUGCCGGUUAAAUACAACAAGUAGGUGGGGAAUAAAACAGCUAGGGAUUUCUUUUGGUUCUAUAUUUCUUCUAUUUUCCUACGAAAGAAGCCGGGGGCCACGUUCAUACUAGCCGGGGGAAAUCCCUUGCCCCCCGACGCCUCUUGAUGACAGCCCUGAUUUGACAGAGAGCAAAUAACUCAACGCAUUUUUUAAAAAAGUCACCUUAUAGAACAAAUCUAAAAGUAAAUCCUGAACAUGUGUGUUAGACCCUGUUAGUAAAUGACUUUUUUUAAUAUUCGUAAAUAAGUGGAUAAAUGGCUAAAUAAAUAAACUAGUGGAUUAUAUUAAAUUUGAAAAUAAAAUAAAUAAAAAAUAAAUGAAAUUAUUAAAUAGAAUGUAAAAUAAAUUGGAAAGAAUAUACAUUAUAAAAUAAAUAAAUAAAUAAAAUGACUAAAUAGAUUUACUAAAUGAAAUUAGAUAAAUUAGUAAAUUAACAAAUAAAUAGAUAAAAUAAAUACAUAAAUACCCGGUAAAUAAAGUAAUGAACAAAUAAAUGACUUUCGUUGUAAUUCUAGUUUUCAAGGAACGAUGAUUUACCGGCGUCGUCGGACAGAAGCUCCAAGUUUGGACGCAACUGUUCUUCAAAACAGUUUUCGUAGAAUAUUGGGCUCAAGUCUAGAAUCAAAACAUGGAAGACGAAUGUACAAUUAUACGAUAUGAACAUAAAGCUAAAAGUUACGUGACAAGUAAUUUGAUUGAUAUAUAAGUUAAAAUAAUUGCAAUUUUAAUUAAAGUGGCACUAAAGCAGACUUAAAUCAAGUUUAUUAUUAUUGCGUAGGAAGCGUGAGAAAAAUUCACAACUGCUAGGAUCAUUCUUCAUUUGAUUUCAUUUCCGCAGUUCUUGUAUGAUUUAUUUCAUAUACAUCUAUCACAUUAUUAUUGUUGUCAUUCUUCUUCUUCUUCUUCUUCUUCUUCUUCUUCUUCUUCUUCUUCUUCUUCUUCUUCUUCUUCUUCUUCUUCUUCUUCUUCUUCUUCUUCUUCUUCUUCUUCUUCUUUAUUUUUUAAUUUUCGGAUUGUGUCUGUAAAAUUUCUUAGGGCUUCGAGCGUGGCAGGCUAAAUUUGACUCUCAUUUUUUAGCAGAAUUUGCUUCCUUAUUGCGCAGACAACCAUCUCAUGUCUAGUCUCCUCAGAUGCAAUCGCUUUUUAAGGUUGCCUUGGAGACUAGAGUCUCGUCUAUAUUCACAAUAUACCGCCAAAGACGUCGAUACGGUAUAGUAGAACAGAAACAGUAUGAAACGGUCCUAGGUUAUUCACUUUGCUGCGGCACUUGAAUUGUUCUGAAAGAAAAACUUGUGAAUGCGAUGGAAAUGGUCAAAGUGUCACUUUCAGGAGCUUCCCAUCACAGAGGGUUUCCGACUCAGAUUCAUGCGAAAAAAGGAGGCCAGGAGGGGAGUGAUUUAGCUACAAUGAGGUAGCUAUGCAUAGGAGGUAUACAGUUCGACCGACGGUCGAACUGUAUACACCCAAGUUGUUGUAGCCAUUUGUACUUUCUGGCUGUGUUGUACAACAGGUUCAACAUGAACUUGGGUGACCUGCACCGAUACGUGUGGGUAAUAUAAAAUAAAGAAAACUCCACUUUCUUUUUUUUCAAUUUGUAGACUGCUGAUAAGUUCUCCUUACUCACUGGAAUCGGGAUCACUUGAAAGGAGUCCAAAGUUUUCACAGAGAACAUACUCCGAUCCUAACCUACUAAAAUCAACUGGUGUGUAGCCUAAAGAGCUGACGUAAUGAAGUAUUCUAAAAGCUGUUAGUUUCUCCUGCCUUUCGAACGGGCUGAAGGAGUUGUAUUGAAGCUGGCGGAAAGAUUAUCCAGCCCUUCUUCUCUGGGUAAGAGCGCGCGGUUUUUACAAGUAGCAACACAUUGCCUACUACAAGAAGCUGCUGUCAGUAGGGGAUCAUUAUGUAUUGUUUGUUAAGGCGUUUAGGAGUACGGACAAUGGUCUUCCCAUGCGUAUAGAAAUGAACUGUGUACAGAUAUAAAGCAUGGAUGUAUUUAAUGCGUUAUGUACAUUUAAGCUACAAAGAAUGUAUACACAAUAAGCCAUUUUCACGUUGACGACAUUUGACGGCAUUUGCCGGAAUUCAUUUCCUUUUUGUCUUAUUUUUCUUCUUCAUAUUUAUUUAUUUAAAUUUCUCAGUCCCUCUGAGGUAUAAAAAACAAUAGCUCUAAUUUGCACAAAAACAACAACAACAACAACUACCCAAAGGAUUCUGGCAGUUGUAGUAAAAUGACGUCAUCGUGCAAUUAUUUUGUCGCUUGUACUAAUAUACACUCAGCUUUCAAUUUACUGAGAAUUUUGUAACGCGUAAAAAGAAGAUUGGGAUAUCAAUUUAGAAGCAUUUAUAUAUACUUACGAUAUUUUUACAUUAACUGCGGCAUUUUUGUUGGAUUCGUAAAAAUCUCGUGCUAGAAUUUCUUAUUUUUCUGCAACGCUACAUGUAAGUCGCUUUGUAUCCUACAGUUCUUAUUUUGGUUACUCAGUAUGGUUUAUAUAAAGUAUAAGUUUUAUGUAAACAAAUAAAAGGAAA